CCGUCCCUCAAGACCUGCACGCCCAAAUCGACCCAGCCAGCGCCUUUGGCUUUUGAGAUCCGAUCCGUCCCAAACCCCUACCGGCCGCCACCGCUGCGCUGCGGCUCUCCCGCCGCUCCCCUUACCGCUUCGCUUCGCUUCGAUUCGAUUCGCGCAAGCCUCUCCACUCCCGCCUGCUUCAAAUCUCCCUCCCGCACAGCGCGCUCCGCGCUUUAUAUGCAAAAGCGCCCCAUGGCUGCCGACGCCCAGGCACAGCAGCUUCCGCUUGAGCAGGCAGCGGCGGCGGUGCAGGCCCCCGUGGCGCCGGCGCCUGCCCAGCCGAAGCCGACGAGGGUUUCGCUGUCGUACGAGGAGAUCUCCAAGCUCUUCUCCCUCCCCAUCGCGGAGGCCGCCUCCAUCCUCGGCGUUUGCACCAGCGUCUUGAAGAGGAUAUGCCGCACCCACGGUAUUGUCAGAUGGCCGUAUCGCAAGAUUGUUUCUGGGAAGACUGGCGAUGACGUAAAAAAUGCUGAAAGAGAGAAAGCCAAGGAACUUCUUGAGUUGUCAAAAAUUGCAAAACAAAAGGCGUCCCCAGGUGGUUUACAAGGAGUACCAAAAUCUCAACAAGGCAGUACAAAGGCAGGACCAAGCUUGGCCCAUGUUAGCCAAGCGAAAGACAUCCCCACCUACAUGGAUGAUUUCAAGAAUGGAUUUCCAUCAUCCGGACUGUCUUGUGAAACUAUGAAAUGGUGGGGGGCUAGCAGCCACACAGAGACUGCAUCAGCGAAAGGCGAUAGCCGAGAAGCCCCUGAAUCUACAAAUGAGGCAUCAAAAGGCAUGACUGAUGAUGAGUUAGAUUGGGGAGCGGAUGAAGCCGAAGCUGAUACUGAUGGCGUGGUUACGUCUGAACCAUCUGCGCAGCUGUGCUCCCUUAGAAGAAAGGCAGCAGGCGACGGGCGCAGGCUAUUGAACGGUGACACUGGACGGGGCCAGGGCUUCUGCAGACUGAACAAGAGGCAGAAGAUAGCGCUGGCCCAGGUAUUUGGAGCUUCACUGCCAGAACAGUGGAGUAGCAAGCUAGCUUGAACGAUUUUUUGCUUGCUGUUGUAUCAUGUGUAACUCUAGUGAGUGUAGUACCGAUAUGGUUUGUCCUCUUCCUGUAAGCUUGUGCACUGAUGAAGAAUGGUUGUAGUUUUGCCUGCGUAGAUAUUCUUUUAGCGGAUAACAGUUUCCAUGUGAGUGAUUGUUUUGGCUGCCUAGAUAAGUUAUGUAGGUUCUGUAUAUAUGAGUGAUUGCUUUGGCUGGCUGGAUAUGUUUUGGAUUUCCAUGA